AUGGCCGGUGCCGGCCGCACCCAGGACCAUUCUCGGGACUGUGCCACCUCCGACCCAGAGACCACGGCUGGGCGCCACCCCGCCCCGGAAAAAGCUCCCAUGAUCUGUAGCAGCAGCGUUUCAGGGAUUAUGGAAAAUCGCGACACGCGUCUGGCACCAGGUUUCCCCUUAACGCCCUUGUUCCAGCACCAGCGAAUGUGGUUGUUCUCCGGUCUGCUGGCACCUUUGCCUGUGUGGGGGGGCUGGGCCGCAGACAGCCUCUACCGCUGUCCUCCCGCAGGGGAACUCAGCUUUCUCCUGCGGUGGUCUCGGGGCUUCUCCCCGGACUCCACUCUGCUCCUGGGGAUUCGCCUCCCACCAGGAGCACCCCAGUUUUGUUUUCUUGUCACCUCCGUCUUUUCUGUCAAACCCCUCAGGAACGUGAAAUCAGGAAACUUCUCAGCUACUACAGAAUUCCUCCUCCUGGGACUGUCAGAGGAUCCACAACUGCAGCUCCUGCUAUUCUGUCUGUUCCUGUCUAUGUACCUGGUCUCUGUGUUCGGGAACCUACUCAUCAUCCUGGCCAUUGUGUAUGGCUCCCACCUCCACACCCCCAUGUACUUCUUCCUCUCCAACCUGUCUUUUGUUGACAUCUGUCUCACCUCCACUACCAUCCCAAAGAUGCUUGUGAACAUUGAGACACAGAGCAAAUCCAUCAGUUACCCAGGCUGCCUCACCCAAAUCUGCUUCGUCCUGACUUUUGCUGGAUUAGAAAAUGGAAUUCUGGUAAUGAUGGCCUUUGAUCGAUUUGUGGCCAUCUGUCACCCAUUGAGGUACAAGGCCAUCAUGAACCCCAAGCUCUGUAGGCUGUUGGUUCUGCUGUCUUUCCUCAUUAGUGUUCUGGAUGCCCUUCUCCACACUUUGAUGGCACUGAGGCUGUCCUUUUGCACAGACCUGGAAAUUCCCCACUUUUUCUGUGAAUUAGCUCAUGUCCUCAAGCUUGCCUGUUCUGAUAUCCUCAUCAAUAACAUCCUUGUGUACUUAGUGACCAGCCUGUUGGGUGUUGUACCUCUCUCUGGGAUAAUUAUCUCUUACACUCGAAUUGUCUCCUCUGUUCUGAAAAUCCCAUCAGCUGGUGGAAAGUAUAAGGCAUUUUCCAUCUGUGGGUCACACUUAAUAGUUGUUUCCUUGUUCUAUGGGACAGGUUUUGGGGUAUACCUGAGUUCUGCAGCUACUCACUACUCCCGGAAGAGUGCAAUAGUAUCAGUGAUGUAUACCGUGGUCACCCCCAUGAUGAACCCUUUCAUCUAUAGUCUGAGGAACAAGGACAUGAUGGGGGCUUUGAGGAAGCUCAUCUCUAGAAUAUCAGCUUCCCAUUAA